UCCAUUCUUCAAUAUCAAAUUUUGCAAACUAUAUUAAUUUAUUUCCUUAGUAUAAAUCAAACAAGCCACAUUUCUAAUCUAUACACUUGUGUUUAUUUUCUUGUUUGUUUGUUGAAAGAAAUGGAUGCAGACUACUUGAAAGAGACCGAGAAGGCUCGUAGAGACCUUCGCGCUCUUAUUUCAAGCAAAAAUUGCGCUCCUAUCAUGCUUCGUUUAGCGUGGCAUGAUGCAGGAACUUACGACGCGAAAACGAAAACAGGAGGGCCUAAUGGCUCAAUUAGAAAUGAGAGAGAGUAUAAUCAUGAAGCUAAUAAUGGUCUGAAAAUCGCCAUUGAUUUAUGCGAGCAAAUAAAAGCCAAACAUCCCAAAAUUUCGUAUGCUGAUCUAUAUCAGCUUGCUGGGGUAGUUGCAGUUGAGAUCACAGGAGGUCCUACUAUUAAUUUUGUUCCAGGCAGAAAGGAUUCAGCUCAAUCUCCUGAAGAAGGGCGUCUUCCUGACGGCAGAAAAAAUGAAUCUCAUUUGAGGGAUGUGUUUUACCGUAUGGGAUUAUCAGACAAGGACAUUGUUGCACUUUCCGGUGGUCAUACAUUGGGAAGGGCGCACAAGGAGCGAUCAGGUUUUGAGGGAGCUUGGACAAAGGAACCUUUGAUAUUUGACAACUCUUACUUCAAGGAGCUUUUAAAAGGAGACUCAGAGGGACUGUUGAAACUCCCAACGGACAAGGCUCUAGUGGAAGAUCCCAAGUUCCGCCUCUACACCCAGCGAUAUGCAGAGGAUGAGGAGGCGUUCUUUGCAGAUUAUGCAGAAUCUCAUAAGAAACUAUCCGAACUGGGGUUCACUCCACCUUCUUCCAAACGAACAUCGACACCUUUUGCACGGAGUGUUGUUGCUGUUGCUGUAGCUGCAACUGUUGUAGUCCUUGGUUACUUGUAUGAAUUUAACAAAAGCUUCAAGUGAACUUAUUAAACAAGGGACAAAUGUGUUCAUAUCAGUGUAUUUCAAACUUGUUAUGAUUGUUAUCUAUUGAAUCGAAUGCGUAAAAAGAAGCAAUAACUAGAUGA